AUGAUGUUAAUGGAAUCAAAUUUGAGGUGGUUUUUGUAUACCAUCUUGAUCUUGGGUUUUGUUCUUGACGAUGGAGUUGUCGCCGAAGGUGUUAAGCCUCAUGAAGCUAAACAGCUUAGGGACGAGGUACGUGAGAUGUUUUAUCAUGCUUUCGAUGGAUAUAUGAACAAUGCGUUUCCGCUCGAUGAGUUGAAACCGUUAUCCUGCCAAGGAGAAGAUACUCUUGGAGGCUAUGCAUUGACCCUGAUUGACUCGUUGGAUACAUUAGCUUUGCUUGGUGACCGAGAGCGAUUCACUUCUUCUGUUGAAUGGAUUGGUAAAAAUCUUCAGUUUAAUAUAAAUAAAACUGUCUCUGUGUUUGAGACAACUAUACGAGUCCUUGGGGGUUUACUUUCUGCUCAUCUUAUUGCAAGUGAUUAUGCGACGGGCAUGAGAAUUCCAUCUUACGACAAUGAAUUACUAGUUUUGGCUGAGGAUUUGACACGGAGAAUGCUUCCUGCAUUUGAUACACCGACCGGAAUCCCAUUUGGAUCUGUGAAUUUGAUGUACGGUGUUGACAAACAUGAAAGCAAGAUAACAUCAACUGCGGGUGGUGGUACUUUGACUUUAGAGUUUGGCGUGCUAAGUCGUUUAACAAAUGAUCCUGUUUUCGAGCAAGUUGCAAAGAAUGCAGUGAGGGGACUAUGGGCACGUCGUUCAACUCUCGGCUUGGUUGGUGCUCACAUCAAUGUCUUUACAGGUGAAUGGACACAGAAGGAUGCUGGUAUAGGAACAAGCAUUGAUUCUUUCUAUGAGUAUCUCCUGAAGGCUUAUAUUUUACUUGGGGAUGAGGAAUAUUUAUACAUUUUUCAAGAAGCUUACGGGUCUGUAAUGCAGUACCUUCAUAAGGAUCCUUGGUAUGUAGAGGUCAAUAUGGAUUCUGCAGCUAUCGUCUGGCCAGUAUUCAACAGUCUUCAAGCUUUCUGGCCAGGACUUCAGGUUUUAGCGGGAGAUGUUGAGCCGGCAAUUAGAACUCACACUGCCUUCUUCAGUGUCUGGAAGCGAUACGGUUUCACUCCCGAGGGUUUUAACCUUGCUACACUUAGUGUCCAGUAUGGGCAAAAGAGUUAUCCACUGAGGCCGGAACUAAUUGAGAGCACUUAUUGGCUGUACAAAGCUACCAGAGAUCCCAGGUAUCUUGAUGCAGGACGUGACUUUGUUGCUAGUUUGCAAUACGGGGCAAAAUGUCCUUGCGGUUAUUGUCACAUCACAGAUGUAGAACUCCAUAAACAAGAAGAUCACAUGGAGAGCUUCUUCCUCGCAGAAACUGUAAAGUACCUAUGGCUACUCUUUGACUUAGCUGUCGACUCAGAUAACCUUGUCGACAAUGGCCCUUACAAGUACGUCUUUAGUACGGAAGGACAUCUUUUACCAUUAACACCACAAAUAUCUCUAGCUCGCGAACGUUGCUCUUACUUAGGCGGAUACUGUCCACGCAAUGCCACAAAACCAAGACAAGAAGAAGAGAAUAAUAACAAUGAUCGAGUUCCUGGAAUCGAGACUCACAGUAAUAACAUUUAUCCUUACCACGAGUCUUUUCCAGUUACCGGUUUGAUAAAGGGUAUAUGCCCCGGACUAACUCAUGCUCAGAAAUACGGUUUGUCUUAUGUUUUACCGGAGAAGACAACAGAUCGUGAAGAUGUUCCGACUAAUAAUGACCAAGCUAAACCGGUAACUACGAGUCGCUCAAUUGUGUUAGUUUCGGAACAAACAUUGAACAAGAGAUCACAGGUUGGUGAAGAAGAAGGCUUAAGUUCUCAGUCUGAACCAACUAUGACCAUCUCUGGUGCUAGUAGCAGCGACCAAACCGGUCAAGAGCUAACCUUAUUAGAGUCUAAAAGUGAUACUACUGAAGAUCAAAGAUCAUAA